CAUCGUCUCAUCGAUCGAGCGAUGAAUCAGUUUGAGAAGUGAUUAGCUUCGGUGCUACUUUUUCUUGCUUUCUGUUCUUUGUUUUCUGAAUCUGUCGAUCGCUUAGCAAUCGAAUGAUUUAGUUAUUUUGGGUACUUUGGGCGUUCGGUGUUUUUCUUUUGAGUUCGUCGUUGGUGUUCUCUCUCUUUUUGAGGGAGCAUAGUCAUGGCUUCCCCAUCAUCGGUUGAAGUAGCAGGACAGCAGGUAGGACCAGCGCAAGGAGGACAGCAGCGGCGGCAACCAGCAGGAUUUGGGCAAUCGAUAACAGGAAUAAUAAGGAUUGCGGUGUUUUGGUAUUUCAUCACUAAGUUCUUCGCUCCGAAGCGACCUACUGAACCUUCGCUGCAGAUUUCUAAUCUUUUCAACAAGGGCGAGCCCCUGGAUAUGUGGCUGUACCUUUCGGAGCACGAAAAGUUUAAUGACUUCAGUAAUGAGGGUGCCCUUAUUUGGCAUGAGGCAAGCAUUCCAUAUGCAAGCUGGGGACCUGAUGGUACAAGGUCUCAUUUUUUGAAAUAUGUUCCAUCAGAGGCUUUGAAGCACAAUGGUAGUUUGUAUGCUCAUGUUUUCUUUGCACGGUCUGGUUUUCCUCCAGACCCGAGUGAUCCUGAAUAUCAGCCAUUUGCGGCCUUUGGAAGGACACAUUCUGUUGUGACGUACUUACCCAAGUCAAAAGUUGAUAAGAGAAAGAGCUUGUUGGGGAAUUCCGAAGGCUCUGAAGAGGGUGAAAAAGAAUCUGAGGUGGCAGAUGAAAAUCAGAUUGAUUCAAAAGAUGAUGGUCCAAUAGAAUGGGUUCCCUAUUGGAAACCAAAUAUUACAAUUAAUUUGGUCGAUGACUUUACACGAUACCCUCAUAAUGCUAUUCCACCGAAUGUCGCGCCUUACUUGAAUACUGAACCCAGUACAGGGAACUAUUAUCCGAUGAUCUUCUUCAAUGAGUUUUGGCUCCUUAGAGAUAAGUUGAUCCCACUCAACGACACAGUGACAGAACUAUCAUUGAAUUUGGAGGUGGGUCCCAUAAGCAUGACAAAGUGGCAACUAUUCCUACAGAUUGAGCAGUCUUUCCAGGUUCACCGUAGCUAUGGAAGCAUGCUGGAAGGCGAGGCUGAUGAACUUAAGAGGGUGUUUUUGGAAGGGAAUCCUAUCCUUCUGGUGGUUACGAUGGUGGUGUCAUUACUUCAUUCCGUGUUUGACUUCUUGGCGUUCAAGAAUGAUAUCCAGUUUUGGAACAAAAAUAAAUCUAUGGAAGGACUCUCUGCAAAGUCAGUUGUCGUGAGCUUUAUUUGUCAGCUGAUCGUGUUCCUCUAUCUGCUUGAUAAUGAUACUUCAUGGAUGAUUCUCGGAAGUGCUGGCGUUGGUGUCUGCAUUGAGUUCUGGAAAAUUGGCAAAGCAAUGCACAUAGAGAUUGAUAGAAGCGGGAAGAUACCUAUGUUGAGGUUCCGAGACCGGGAGUCUUAUGCGAAAAAUAAGACGAAGGAGUAUGAUGAUAUGGCAAUGAAGUAUCUAUCCUAUGUGCUCUUUUUCCUUGUGGUAUGUUCUUCCAUUUAUUCUCUCAUUUAUGAGCGUCACAGGAGCUGGUACUCGUGGAUCCUUUCAUCACUCACAAGCUGUGUGUAUAUGUUUGGUUUCAUUAUGAUGUGCCCUCAGUUAUUCAUAAACUAUAAGUUGAAGUCAGUUGCUCAUCUUCCUUGGAGGCAGAUGACAUACAAGUUUCUUAAUACCAUCAUUGAUGAUCUCUUUGCAUUUGUCAUUAAAAUGCCCUUGCUCCAUCGGCUCUCUGUUUUCCGAGAUGAUGUUAUCUUUCUGAUAUAUUUGUAUCAGAGGUGGGUUUAUCCAGUUGACAAGAAGCGUGUGAAUGAGUUUGGUUUUGGCGGUGAAGAUGAAGACCAGAUCACAGAUGGUACCGACACGGCAGCUGUGAAGGCCGAUGAAAAGAAGACCAACUGAGCAGGUUUACGUACAUGAACGAGUUGUACACUGUAAAAUUGAAGUAGGAUCUAAGUUAUCUUGCAAAAGGGUUUUCCUUUAUAUGAAUAACAUUGUUUUCCUGCAUAAUUUCUUUUCUUCAUAAGGUUUUCAAAGGUUUUUCUUGGCCAUUCUGCCUCGAAAAGGCAAAAAAUUUUUGGCUGAGCAGGAUGAGAGCUAUUUGGUACCUCUAUUUAGUGUUUGUGUACUAAAAUAUAUCCCGAGUCAGAGAUGAUAAAAUGUAUUUGGAUUGCAAUAAACUUGCUUCUCACUGUUU